AUGUAAAAUUAGGAUGUUGAUUUGAUCGCUCAACCAUUUCUUAAUUCACUACCCAAAGCUAUCACUCUCACUGAUCAUAGUUUCAGUCUUGAAAAUGAUAUGCUACUUGGAUGGGCUCCUAAACUUGAUUAUUCUAAAUUACUUACACUUAAUUUUACCAAUCCCUUAAAUGACUCUAUCAUAGCACAUGCUUAACUUAAUAAUUAAUUACUCUAUCUAGGAUUCAGACCAUAAGAUACUGGACAAUUACAUAAAUAAUAUUCUAAUACCUCAACCUAUCCAUUCAAAUCAAUCAAAAUACUAUAAAGAAAACCUUAAUUACCUUUCCUUGGCAUGAAUCCUAAUCUAAAUAGUAGAAUAUAAUUCAAUUCUACCUUUGAAAGUGGUAACUUAGAUCUUGUAGUCAAAAAUUCUCAGAAUUAAUAUGAUCUCUAUAUGAGAGUAGAUUCAAAUACAAAAGGUCAUACUUCAUGGUACAACUUUGAAAUCAAAGGAAUGAAGAAAACUGAAGUUAUACAAUUAAAUAUUUGCAAUUUUCGCAAAUCUCGUACCUUAUACGAAAGAGGAAUGAAGCCUUAUAUUUGGAGAUCAACUAAUCCAGAAUGGUUAUAAGGAGGAGAGUAAAUAUAAUAUAAAACUCAUUAUCAUUAACAUUAUAAUUGUUUGUCUUUUUAAUUAGUUUGCUAAGGAGAUAAUGAGAUUAUUAAAAUAGCAUAUUGUGUUCCAUACACUUUUACAUAAAUGCUUGAAUUUUGUGGGAAUAUGUAAAAAAAUUGUAAUUAUGUCGAGAAAACAACAUUUUGUGAAUCAUUGAGUGGUGUUUAAUUACCACUUUAUACAUUUAGUAAUGGUAACUGUUAGAAUUAAAAAUGUAUGAUAAUUUAAUCUCGAAUCCAUCCUGGUGAAUCAAAUGGUUCUUGGGUUAUGUAAGGAUUAUUAGAAUUUUUAUCUAGUUAAUAAGGAUUGAAAUUGAUUAAAAAGUAUAAAUAAUAAAUUUUAAUAUAGAUGUGUAAUAAAAGUUGUACCUAUGAUGAAUCCUGAUGGAGUGAUAUUAGGAAAUUACAGAACAGGUAUAGCUGGUAAAGAUUUGAAUCGAAGAUUUAAAUUAACAGAUCAUUUGUUGUUUCCUACAGUUACAGCAAUGAAAAAAUUAGUAAAAGAACAAUAUAGUAUAUUUGGAAAUAAUUUGAUUGGAUUUAUAGAUUUACAUGGUCAUUCUGGUAAGAAUAAUAAAUAUAUAAGUUAAAAAGAAUGUAUUUCUUUAUGGUCCUGAGUUUCCUUUAUGGAAUUACAAUUAUUAUAAGUGUAGAAUUUUAGCUAAAUUACUUGGAUAGAAGACUGAAAUGUUUCGAUAUUAUUCUUCAAUAUUUAGAAUAAGUCAAUAAAAGAAAUCAACAGCAAGAGGUGUAUUUGUAGAUUUAUAUGAUAUUGUAAAUUGUUUUACGAUAGAAUCAUCUAAUGGUAGUUAUUAUAAUUCAACUUAAACAUUUGAAUUUACAUGUAAACAUUGGAUUUAAAUGGGAUGGAUUAUAGGAGAAGCAUUAACUGAUUUAGUUGAAAUGUAAAAUGAAAUGGAUGUUAUUUAUAAUUUAAAAAAUGAUGAAACUAAAAGAUCAAAUAGAUAAAUCAAAAAUUAAAUGUUUAAUAAAAAAAGAAGUUUUACUGGUUAUCAAGAAGAUUAAUGUUAAGCAUAAUUUCAAAAUACAAAAUUUGCUAAUAUAUUUGAUGAAUUAAAAUAGGAUGCUGAUAAAAUGAAUUAAUCACUAUCAGAAGAAGAAUCAGAUUCAUCAGAUGAUGAUGGAAGUGAAACAUAUUUAGAGGAUAUUAAAUAAUAACUAUUAAUGGAUGGAGGACUUUCUAAAUCAAAAUUAAAAGAUAAGCCAAUUAUUUCUAUUAUGCAACCUAUUUAAAAAUCUAAAAUAGAAUAAAGAUUCAGUCCUAGAUUAUAGUAAUAAUAAUCUUCAUAAUAAUCGAUUAUGUUAAGUAUAUAAAAAAGCGAAAAGAAAUUUAAUAAUCCUUCUAGAUCUGUAUAGAAUUCUAUUAUUAAAAAAGUUUCAUCUAAUUCUUAAUCUAAAAAAUCUACUAAAAUUAGUAAUUAUAUUACCAAUUAUGCUUCUGGUUAAAAUUCAGCUACUCUUGUGUUUUAAGAAGACUAUAAUUCUAAUUAAAUUUAACCAUUAUAAUAAUUGAUGCAAGCUACUUUGUAAAGACCAUCAACAGCACAUUUAGAAGUUACAGAAGAUGAAAUGUAAUUCCCUGUUUAACUUUUUAAUACAUCUAAUUAUAAUGUAUUUAAAUAACAUACUAGAUUAAGAAGCAAAAUUACAAUAAAUAAAUAAAUUAAGGAUUAAAAAAAAAUAUAAUCUAAAUCUCAUUAGACUACACCUCCAUUAUUAUAAUAAAUGGGAAUAAAUGUUAAAAAUAAAAUAAAUACUUAAUCAAAUUUAGAAUAACUAGGAUUAAAAGUCAAACCAUAACAUUUCUUAGCUCCAAAAAAAUCAGAAGAACCUUUAAUAGCAGAUUUAAAUAAAAAUAUGAAUAGUUUUUUAGAAACUUAAAAAUCAACUAGACCUCCUAAACCUAAUGUACCUCCAUCCUUCUAUUCUGUUAAAAGACAUAUGAUGCUUAGACUUAAAAAUUGA